AGCUAAACUCUCCAGGACACCGGCCCUUCAGGACCGAGUUUGGACAGCCCUGGAUUAAAGCAUUUGUUUAAAUGACUACUUCCUUAUUUUGGUGCGCUACAGUAUGUAUUCAAUUGGAGGAGUGUCGACGCGUAUCUACAAGGAACGCCUGCAGGCAGAAGGGAUGGGAACUAAUGACAAUGCGGUCAAAUUCCUGAAUCAGGACUACGAGGAGCUGAAGAGAGAAUGUUUGGAGAGUGGCAGGCUGUUUGAAGACCCUUGCUUUCUCGCCGUGCCUCAGUCACUGGGCUUCAAGGAGCUUGCACCACACUCCUCCAAAACACGCGGUGUGCAGUGGAUAAGGCCCACUGAGCUGUCAAACAAUCCUCAGUUUAUAGUGGGCGGAGCCACACGUACAGAUAUUUGCCAGGGGGCCCUUGGUGACUGUUGGCUGUUAGCUGCCAUUGCAUCCUUGACUUUAAACGACAGGCUGCUUCACAGAGUUGUACCUCAUGGACAAAGCUUUAUGGACGAGUAUGCCGGCAUCUUUCACUUCCAGUUCUGGCAGUUUGGCGAGUGGGUGGACAUUGUGAUUGAUGACCGUUUGCCUGUGAAGGAUAAAGAGCUGAUGUUUGUUCACUCAGCAGAGGGAAAUGAGUUUUGGAGUGCCUUGCUGGAAAAAGCUUAUGCCAAGCUGAAUGGCUCAUAUGAAGCUCUUUCGGGAGGUUCCACCACCGAAGGCUUUGAGGACUUCACGGGUGGAGUGGCUGAGAUGUAUGAACUGCGUAAAGCUCCCAAAGACUUGCACCGCAUCAUUGCCAAAGCCUUGGAGAGAGGCUCACUGUUGGGCUGCUCUAUUGAUAUCACUAGUGCCUCUGAUAUGGAGGCUGUAACCUUUAAGAAGCUGGUGAAGGGGCAUGCAUACUCCGUCACGGGUCUCAGAGAGGUGAAUUUCCGUGGCAGCAGAGAGAGGCUGAUCCGUAUCCGAAACCCUUGGGGGCAAGUUGAGUGGACAGGAGCUUGGAGUGACAAUUCUUCUGAGUGGAAUGGGAUUGAUCCAGCAGAGAGAGAGGAAAUGAACAACCACAUGGAGGAUGGCGAGUUCUGGAUGUCAUUUCAGGAGUUCAAACGUCAGUUUUCUCGUCUGGAGAUCUGUAACCUCACGCCAGAUGCUCUGAGUGAAGAUUCUCAAAAUUUCUGGAACACAAUUAAGUUUAACGGCACCUGGAGGAGAGGAAGUACAGCAGGGGGCUGCAGGAACCACCCCAACACAUUCUGGAUAAACCCUCAAUAUAAGAUCAUGCUGCUGGAGGAAGAUGAUGAUCCUGAGGAUGAUGAGGUGGCCUGCAGCUUCCUGGUGGCCUUGAUGCAGAAGGACAGGCGACGUUACCGCAAGCAAGGGCAGGAUAUGCACACCAUUGGCUUCGCUUUAUAUGAGGUACCAGAAGAGUUUCGUGGUUCCCAGAGCGUUCAUCUCAAGAAGGACUUUUUCUUGCGUCACUCAUCCUGCGCACGCUCAGAAUCCUUCAUUAACCUGCGGGAAGUCAGCACACGACUGAAGCUGCCACCUGGCGAGUAUCUCAUAGUCCCUUCAACUUUUGAGGCUGGAAAAGAGGCCGAUUUCGUGCUGCGAGUCUUCACUGAGAAACAGUCAAAAACUCAAAAUGGAUGAUGAGAUUUCAUUUAACCUGGAAGAUGAAGAGGUUUCAGAGGAGGGCAUAAAAGACUCUUUUAAAAAACUGUUUGCGC